CUUUGUUUUCAAUUUAGUACAUUUUCGAAUAACAUGGCGAUAGCGUUAACUCGCCGCAUGAAAAAUGUAUCCUGCCUCUUGAUAUUUUUAGUUAUCAGCGUCCGUGCAACGGCUGAAGAGAAUUCCGACCCGGAAUUCUACCAUUUGGAACAGAAAUCGAUCUCGAACGCGACCGUGGACGAUGUGCCCCAAACCAACGUCGUUUUGGAGGUCCGCGGCAAGAAUAUCUACCCCAAAAUGCGGGUUAAAGUUACGCAAAUCAUGUCGCAAAGGAACGCGGGGUGCAAAGACGCGAAUUUCAAGUACAACGUCAGUGAGAUCAGUACGGACCAGAAAUGGGGACAGUUUAACUUGACCCUUCCGCAGGACGUGGUGGGAAGGUUGUAUUUUUGUUUACCCCAUCGCACCAAAGAACAACAACAUGGCAAUAUGAUAAAGCCGAGCAUUUUUAACAGUGAGGUGUUACAGUGGUUCCAUCAGGGACCCGAUAUCAGUGUACAGAUUGGGGAAGAGAGUGCCCAAAAAAUGAAAUCUCCAGCUUCUAGAUUCAUGGAGGGUAGAAACAGGCGGGAAGGCAACGGGUCCUUGCCCACCUCCAUUAGGAUCAGAGGUUUGCGUCUCGAAGCUACCGAAAAAGAAUCGGAAUUCGACGAGUCAGGAGUUCCAAUAGUUCUGGCAGACUCGCCCAGUACUUUCCGCCUGUUUGGUGAUGGUCUAGUCUACGACAUGACGGUGACAUUUACAUCAGAAAGCGGAAAUUACGGAGACCCUUGCUUCCUGCCGGUUAUCAAGGGCUUUGCCAUCGAAAACGACUCUUUAACUCCAACCAGCGGUGUUAUAAAACUGAGUCUGCCACCCCUACACAAUGCAGAGACGUUUUAUGUGUGUGUUAAGAGCGGCCCCCCUAAUUCAAUCAACCCUUUCGUACACCAAGGAUCGGAACCAUGGGUACAGAUCAAGACCUACGAGAAUAUGAUGCCGUUAUGGGCAUCCAUAGUGGUCAUCUUAGUCUGUAUAUCGUUUUCUUCGUUGUUUUCGGGUCUAAAUCUGGGUCUGAUGUCCCUGGACAAAACGGAAUUGAAGAUUCUCUGCAAUACCGGUACAAACAGAGAGCGUAAAUACGCCAGAGUAAUUCAGCCAGUGCGAGACCACGGCAACUACCUUUUGUGUUCGAUCCUGCUGGGCAACGUGCUGGUCAACUCUAUUUUCACCAUCAUAUUGGACGGCUUGACCUCGGGUCUGAUAGCCGUCAUUUUCUCCACUCUGGCCAUCGUCCUGUUUGGCGAAAUCUUUCCCCAGGCGGUGUGUUCGCGUCACGGGUUGGCCGUCGGUGCCAAAACCAUAUACAUCACCAAAACUGUCAUGCUGUUAACGUUUCCGCUGAGUUACACCACCGCCAAGCUGUUGGACUGGGUUUUGGGCGAAGAAAUCGGCAACGUUUACACUAGGGAACGUCUGAAAGAACUUGUUAGGGUAACAACAGGCGAUAAUGAUCUCGACAAGGACGAAGUCAACAUCAUCAGCGGAGCUUUAGAGCUACGUAGGAAGACUGUAGCUGAGGUUAUGACCAAAAUAGAGGACGUCUUCAUGUUGGACUAUGAAGCAGUGUUAGAUUUCGAGACCAUCACCGAAAUAAUGAAGAGCGGUUACUCUAGGAUCCCGGUCUACGAAGGAAACAGACAGAACAUUGUAACAAUGUUGUACAUCAAAGAUCUGGCGUUUGUCGAUCCUGACGAUAACACACCGUUAAAAACGUUGUGUCAGUUCUACCAAAACCCGUGCAACUUUGUGUUUGAGGAUGUUACAUUGGACGUUAUGUUCAAAAUCUUCAAGGAGGGUAACAAGGGACAUAUGGCUUUUGUUUCCAGAGUCAACACUGAGGGUGAGGGCGAUCCUUUCUACGAAACUAUCGGUAUAAUAACUCUGGAGGAUGUUAUUGAGGAGUUGAUUCAGUCUGAGAUUGUUGACGAGACAGAUGUUAUAACGGACAACAGGACUAAAAGAAGAAGAAAAAACGCCGAUACCAAGGAUUUCACCGUUUUCGCCGACAAAACCGAUAAAAAUAAGGUUAGGAUGAGUCCCCAGUUGACCUUGGCUGCCUACCAGUACCUCAGCACCAGUGUUGAACCGUUCCAAUCAAACGUCAUCUCCGAAACCAUCUUGAAGCGUUUAUUAAAACAAGACAUCGUGUAUCACAUCAGGAAGAACAAGGAGUGGAGAAGCGAUCCCGUCAACGUCAUCUACAGCCAGGGCAAGGCCGUCGAUUACUUCGUCAUUAUACUGGAAGGUCGCGUCGAGGUCACCGUCGGCAAGGAAAACUUGGUGUUCGAAGGAGGACCGUUCACUUACUUCGGUACCCAGGCUCUGGUACAGACGGUGGGAAUAGAGUCUCCCGCAGCGCCCUCCGGCAUGGGCAGUCUCGAAUCGCUCAACAUCGAUUCGAUGUUGCGCCACACGUUCAUACCGGACUACACUGUGCGAGCCUCAACCGAAGUCCUAUAUUUGAAGAUCAAACGCAGCCUGUACCUGGCCGCGAAACGGGCCACGCUCAUGGAGAAAUCGAAGAGAGACCAGAACGAGACCAAAGAACAAUUCGACGAGGAAAUUGACAAGCUGUUGCACGCCGUCGACGACGACGAAAUCAGUUCGGGCCGCAUCACACCCAGACGGAAAUCGUCUCGGAAUCUGCAGAACAAGAGCCAACAGGAACUGAUCAACCAGAUCGAGGCGCAGAGCCCCCUGAGGGGCCCGGCCAGUCCCCCCAAUCGCUUGAACGUGCUGCGGGACAUCAACGGCUCGCUGAAGAGCAGCCCGGUGGACGACGACCAGCUGCAGGACAGAGGUGAGGAGGUGUCGCUGUUGCCAAAAAAGUCAUAACACAACGAACAGGUCCUGUCGCAGGAGCAGGACCAUGACGGUUGUACUUAAAGAGGGAAUGCGGGGAACAGAAGGGCCGAGAGAAGUACCCCCAAAGUAAAAAAAAAUAGUUUUUUACUACUUUAAUGAUAUUUCUUAGUGAAUAAUAAUCAUAGAGAUAUAGAACUAGGGAGAAUGAGCAUAAAUGUGUGCAGAAAUUCUAAUCAUGACGGUCGGCAUGUUCGCGCUGUGGUCUACAGGGGGAGGUCAGAAAGUAAUAGUGAUUAUAUAAGUUUUCUGAGGGUUAUCUUUAUUAGGCUGUAUUCCGUUGCAAAACCAGGCGAACCAGACCGGUAAACUACGGUAAAGAGCGGUUCCUUGGUUUGAUAAAAUACUAUAAACGUCAAAUGUUGACGUUUUCUAAGUUUCAA